AUGAGACCUAAUAGAACAUGGAUGUUACAAAGAAAGGAUCAAUCUGGCAUGAUAAGUGGAGAAUUUAGAGAUGGAGUUGAUGAUUUCAUUCAAAUAGCUACUAGAGACCCAACAAUUCCAGAUGUAACAGGACGCAUUCCUUGUCCUUGUACAAGGUGUAGAAAUCGUUAUUGGGAGACAUCAUUUAAUGUGGAGAAACAUUUGUAUCAUCAUGGAUUUGUUGAUGGUUAUGUAAAUUGGACUCUUCAUGGUGAGAAGAAAUGGGAAGAUAAGUCAUCAACAUCUGUCAUCCAAGAUUCUAUUGAUGAGAGCAAAAGGCCAUAUGUAGAUAUGAUUAUUGAUGCUUCUUUGGGUAGAAUCAAUUCUGAAGUGGAAGAAGAUCCAAAUCCUUCAGCUGCAAAGUUUUACAACUUAUUAAGGGAUGUUGAUGAACCUUUAUGGGAUGGUUGCAAAAAACAUUCAAAAUUGUCAGCUACAACACAACUCCUAAACUUGAAGUCAGAGUUUAACAUGAGUGUAAAUUGUUAUGAUCGAAUGAUUUCCAUAAUUAAAAGCAUGCUUCCAGAGUCAGAAAGGUUGCCUGAAAAUUUGUAUAGAUCAAAGAAAAUGGUUAGUGAGUUGGGAUUAGGAUAUGAGAAGAUAGAUGCAUGUCCUAAUCAUUGCAUGUUGUAUUACAAGGAAAAUAGUGACAAGAAGGUUUGUUCGAUUUGUAAAGAACCACGAUUUAAGAUUAAGACAUCUACAAAUAAGAAGGAUGUUCCUUGCUCGAUAUUGAGAUAUUUUCCCCUUGUUCCAAGACUUCAACGCCUAUACAUGUCUAAGAAUACUUCAAAAUACAUGCGUUGGCAUGCAGAUGCAGUACGUCAAGAUGAAUCAGUGAUGACACAUCCAUCUAAUGCAGAGGCUUGGAAGCAAUUUAAUCGUACACAUCCUACAUUCUCACAAGAUUCUCGGAAUGUUAGGCUUGGGCUUUGCACAGAUGAUUUUAAUCCAUUUAGCAAUACAGGUACCCCAUAUUCAUGUUGGCCUGUUUUUGUCACAUCGUAUAAUCUUCCACCAAGUAUGUGUAUGAAAAAGGAAUACAUAUUUCUUACACUUGUGAUUCUUGGACCAAAGUCACCUGGUAAAAGUUUAGAUGUGUAUCUCCGACCUUUAGUUGAUGAAUUAAAGAUGUUAUGGGAUAUUGGGGUAAACACUUUUGAUACAUGGAAAAAACAAAAUUUCAUUAUGAAAGCAGCAUUGUUGUGGACAAUAAGUGAUUUUCCAGCAUAUGCAAUGUUGUCCGGGUGGAGCACUCAUGGGAGACUUGCUUGUCCAUAUUGUAUGGAGAAUAGUAAAUCAUUUGGUUUGAAGUAUGGUAGAAAGCCUUGUUGGUUUGAUUGUCAUCGUCAACAUUUGCCUAUUGAUCAUCCUUUUCGUCAUGAUCGAUACUCCUUUAAGAAGUCUGUAGUAGAAAACUCUUUACCUCCAGAACACUUGAGUGGUAUAGAUAUCUUAAACAAAGUGAAUCAACUUCAAGAAAUUAACUUUGGCUUGAAAUCAACCAAGAUAAAGCAGCCCGGCUUUGGUAGAACUCAUAACUGGGUAAAGAAAAGCAUAUUUUGGGAAUUUCCUUAUUGGUCCACCAAUCUAAUUCGACAUAAUUUGGAUGUUAUGCAUGUUGAAAAGAAUGUGUUUGACAAUGUGUUCAACACUGUUAUGGACAUAAAGGACAAGACAAAAGACAAUGCAAAUGCAAGACAAGAUUUGAAGUUGAUAUGCAAACGUCCUAAGUUAGAGUUAAUAGUUGAGAAUGAAAAGUGUAAAAAACCAAAGGCAACAUAUGCCUUGAAUUUGGAUCAAAGAAAGAAGGUGUGUGAAUGGAUAAAACAACUGAAGUUUCCGGAUGGGUACUCAUCUAACCUAUCACGUUGCAUUAAUCUAGAUGAAGGAAAAAUAUACGGAAUGAAGAGUCACGAUUGCCAUGUUUUUAUGCAAAGACUUAUUCCUUUGGCAUUUCGUGACAUGUUGCCAAGGCCAAUAUGGAAAGUUUUAACUGAACUGAGUUUGUUCUUCAAAGAGAUUUGUGCAAUUGGAAUACGUGUUUCUGUCAUGGACAAUGUCAUAUUUUCCAUCAUUGAAACAAUUUGCAAGCUUGAGAAGAUUUUUCCACCAGCAUUUUUUGACUCAAUGGAACAUUUUGGUAAUACAUCUCCCAUAUGA